AUGGCGGCCGUCGCUAUAGAGAGCCGUCUGCAAUUACAACAUCUGUUCAAAGACAUAUCUCCGAUGUUUGACCGCACAGAGUCGGAAAAUGUUGUGCAAUCUUUGAAAAAUAAUUAUGGAGGCAAAUUUAAUUCGCUAAGAAGUCAAGAUUUAUUGCAAUGUUUACAACUUCUUGCGAAGCAUGGCUAUGUGUCUGGAGGCAAAGUGAAACUAAUCGAAGACUACGUUGCUCCGAAAUCGAGCAAAGAAGAACUGAUCAGAGAAGCUAUAAGAAAGUUCAAGGCCUCUCGUCCAGCUGUUAAAGAGGAGGAAUUUCAAGGGCGGGACGAUGACAUUAAGGAGAUCACCGAAAAACUUGAGUCAAAAGAGGUCCCAGUUUUAAACUUAUUUGGGUCUUCCGGUGUUGGAAAGACAAGACUCGCCAACGAAGUUUGCUCACAGUGGCGAGGAAAUUAUCGAGUCUUUGAUCUUAGAGAAGUUAAGAGUAUAAAAGCGAUGUAUUACCACAUCCUUAGUUCCCUUGACCUUGUUGUUCCAGCCGGUUUCGUGAACCUGAACUCUGUUGUAAAAAAAGUUCGCGAUAAGAUCAAAGAUUUGAAAAGUGGGGGGCAUUCCGUUCUGUUCUUGCUCGAUAAUGUGGACCGGUUUGCCACAGGACAAGAAAUGGAUAGGAAGAGCCUAAAAAAGACUUUGUACAGUUCCUCGAACAACUUUUCGAACUUGAUGGCAAAGGAGAAAGAUGUGCAUUAA